CGUAGUUAGAUUUAGGCAUGUAGAGUAAAGAUUGGUUAGGGUUAGUGUAAGAGUCAUAGGGUAAGCCAAUCAGAGAUAGAAUGAGGCAGAAGAGGGCGGGCCACAAGGCACGUCCUGCGAGGAUGACACGUCUAGCGGAUCCGAUCUAGCAUCUAAGGCUCACUGCUGGCCUACUUUAGGAACUGCUUCCGGCCUCAACCUUCCUCUUUUCCUCUGCAUCGGGACGCAGCCAUGGUGAACGUCCCGAAGACCCGCAGGACCUACUGCAAAAAGUGCAAGAAGCACCAGCCUCACAAAGUUACCCAGUACAAGAAGGGAAAGGACUCCCUCUAUGCACAGGGUAAGAGGAGAUACGACAGAAAGCAGAGCGGUUAUGGUGGUCAGACAAAGCCAAUUUUCAGAAAAAAGGCUAAGACCACAAAGAAGAUUGUGCUGAGGCUGGAGUGUGUAGAGCCCAACUGCAGAUCUAAGAGAAUGCUGGCCAUCAAGAGAUGCAAGCACUUCGAGUUGGGUGGUGACAAGAAGAGAAAGGGCCAGGUCAUCCAGUUCUAAAUUGUGGGCUAGUCUUCUGGAGGAGUUGUCACAGUUUUCAAUAAAUGUAUUAAAACAUACUUUGGCCC